CAAGACACAUUGCAGUAUACUUAGUUGCAUUCUUUAGUGAAUGGAGUUAAAACUACAAAGAUAUUAUACUUACCUUACGAGUCGGGUUUGUGAUGUGAUAAGUAUUUGCUCUGAAAGGCCGGAAACUGAAUUUAAAAGAAACUCUUGUCACCUAUUGACUAUUAAUAAUAUGGCAGAACGCGUUGAAAGCGAUGGCGAAGAUACUACUGGGGAUACUGGUCUGGAGUUUAAAAGAUUUAAAAAGAGACUGUCAAAAAGGUAUUCAAAUGGCAAUGUGUCUGCAUCAAAUGUCCAAGAGAAAGUGGGUACUGGGCGCCGAAGGUCAUCGAUCAUGAUAGAGUAUUUCCGGCAGAAUUACAUGGGAAUCGAGGUCGGAGAAAUUACAGAUCAGCAUCUAAAAGAUAUUCGGGACACUUUCAAUCUGCUGGACACAGACCACGAUGGUAAACUUACCACGUCCGAGCUCGCAAAGCUACUCAGGUACACCGGAAGUCUUAAAUCGGAAGCGGAAAUGGAGGAACUCCUAGCGCCAAUUGAUACAGAUCACAAUGGCUCCAUAGACUACGAUGAGUUUAAGAAAUAUAUAAUUGAAAAGGAUAUAUUGAAAUCGUUGGCUGACGAGGUUUGCUAUGAGAUGCAGGACGCCUUUAAUGUGUUUGAUAGAGACAAAGACGGCUACAUCGAUAAGGAGGAGUUGAAAAGGGUGCUCACACAAAUUGGGGACAGAAUGCCGGAAGAAUUAGCAGACGAGUUCAUAAAAGAGGCGGAUUUAAAUGGUGAUGGCAAGAUAGAUUAUGCUGAAUUCUGCAAACAUAUGGGCUACUAGAUGUUAUGGAAAGAAAACAAACAUAAAUAUUAUAACAAAUGGAGGAUGCCGUGUACAAAACAUGCGUUUAAACUAUCAAUGCACGUACUACUUGCGUAUCUUUAAAAGAAACAUGCAAACACCAUCAUAUACCGCAGGGCUGGUGUUUGUUACCGCCAGAUUGAAAAAGGUCACAUCAAGUUAAUUAUAAAACCCCAAAACGUUUCGGUGAUAUCGGAGAAGAUUAUUACGUCACACCUAAAGUCAUUGUUCAUCGUUUUUUUUUUUUGCCAAAUGACUUGAAGCGAGCCAGUGAACUAAAAAAAGGCAAUGUUUCAAUAUUCUUUAUUAACAAGAGCGUGGGAGUGCGUACCAAUUUGUGUGUUCUGAAUAAUUGAUCAUAUAGAAUGAUAAUCCAGUAUAAGUAUUGCUCCAUCAUAAUUGCCGCUUAAGAAAUAAGAACAUUAUUUUUGCAUUAUAUUAUAUCAAAGGUGCGGUAAAACAGCCGAAUAAAGCCUAUUGAGUCGUAAAGUUUUAUUUUAGACGGGAGAUAACUUGAUUGGAUUGUACUUACGUUGUACACAAUGUUUUAGAAUCCAGAUACAUAUGUACAAACGCACUAAAAUCGGAUGUUAUUAUAACUUGUGCACAACAGGAAGUGUUAUUUAAAUCAACAUGACGUCCUGAUUUGAUUAUAAUAAUUUAUAACGUUUUAACCGAUUAAAGGAAAACUGAAGAAAUGCAUGUAUUUUAAAAGAAUCUUUGAGAAAAAUGGUGUUUAUCAUUGAUAUUUAACGGACUUGGUAUGUCGACAAAUAAAAAGAAAUAUACUUUGUAUCUAAUAAGUAUAAUAAUAUUGAUAUAAAAUUUGCUGUUGUUAUCAAAUUGUUUAAAUUUCGAUAAGAAGCAAAACAUAGUUUGAUUUGUGUUUAAGUUUGAUUUGCAUUUUGUUGUUAUUUGUUUAUGCCAUAAAAUGUAUAUGUAUAUAUAUAUGUUUAUGCAUUGCAUUUUGUUACAA